AGAGUUGAAGUGUUAAACCCAUUCUCCGAAUACACUACCCUUGAGCCGCAGCUUCGGUCGAGCCGAGAGAGAGAGAGAUGUGGAGAAGAUUUUCGACGCAGCUCCGAACGCUAUACCCGCCUCCCUCCUCCGCCUUCAAACCCAACCAUAUCGCAGCGGCAUCCACCACUACCCAUCCGUCUACUGCCUCUGGAAAUGUUGAUUCGGGGAAGAGGCGUGCACUGGGUCAUAACAUUGGAACCAGAGAAGGGUUUCCUGUAGACUCUAAGAAAAAUGGCGUUGCUUCUGUUUCAUCGUGUUAUAUGGAUCCUAGAUCCAGUUUUUCAAAACUAUCAACAAUGGGGCCUAUGUUUCCUAGAAGAUUCAUUGCAACUAUAGGAACCCCUUUGGAUACUGUUUCUCAAGAUGCUUCAACUUCUGACUCUCUGGUGGCUCCACGUAUCAAGUUUAAGCGGCUUGAUAAGACAGCAAAGCACAUAAUGCAGAUUCUUGAUAAGGAAGCAGUUGAAGAAGUGAGGACACAGAAAGAGAUACCUGAUAUAAGGCCUGGUUAUAUUUUACAGCUCAAAGUGGAAAUACCAGAAAAUAAGAGACGUGUUUCAAUAAUCAAAGGAAUAGUAAUAGCCAGACGAAAUGCUGGUUUGAAUACUACAUUCAGAUUAAGAAGACUUGUUGCAGGGGUUGGUAUUGAAUCCCUCUUCCAUCUAUACUCUCCCAAUAUAAAGGAGGUGAAGGUGGUGGACAAGAAGAAGGUGAGGAGGGCCAAGCUGUAUUAUCUCAGGGAUAGAAUGAAUGCAUUGAAGAAACAAUAAACAAAAGUCUAGAUAGUGGGAUGGAAGAAGGCAAGUAGAAAGGUUCAGAAAUUAUUUCAUUAGAAGCAGCUCUUGAACAGUUGAACUUCCUAUAUCCCACAAAAAUUGUUAUGUUUGAUAAAACACAUGGAUUCACAUUACUGUAUUGGUUGCGCUUGAGUAUUAACAAUUAGUUCCCUUCUUUACCCUUCAUAAAUUCAGUAUUCCCUUUUGCUA